UGCAAGUUUCACAAUUUUAUCUAAUGUGUGACUGAAGGGGGAGUGACCACAACAGGGUUUAAAUGAAUUAGCUAGCCCUAGCUGAAAUUCCAGCUAGUCUCCAUCACACAGAAGGCAGGAGGAUGUUGGGGAAAUACCACAAGAUGUUUGCAACUGCCAUCUUCUUUCUUUGCACAGGUCCAUUGGCAUUUGGAAUUAAGGUCAAGGGAAAAGAAGGCCAGCAUAUUACUUUGCCAUGUACCUACAGUGUUACAAGCAGCAGUGAUAUCACCACAAUGUGCUGGGGACGGGACAGCUGCCCCAAAUCCAAAUGCAACCAGCCUAUUAUAUAUACAGAUGGAUACAAAGUAACAUUUAGUUCAUCUGACAAAUACCAGCUCAUAGGGGAAAUUAGAAAUGGGCAAGUAUCAUUAACAAUUAUGAAUGCAAAACUGGAGGAUCAAGGAACAUAUUGCUGCCGAGUGGAACAUCAUGGCUGGUUCAACGACAUGAAACUCAACAUUGAGCUACAGGUGGACAAAGCUCCUCCUACCAGACCACCAACUACAAAACCAAAACCGACUUCAGCAAAGAGAAAAACCCCACCUCCAGCAACUACAGCUGUACAGCCACUUACAACCACAUAUGGCACCAUCACCAAACUGGAACCAAAGGAUCUACCUGCAGAAACUACCUCGGUAAUGCCAGAUGAUGCAUGGAUGAAAACCACCAGUGAAUAUGUCUUUGAAACAACAGGCAUUACGGCUUCAUCGCAAUUUUCAAAUCCAUCCACAGCUGAAACUGAUGUGGAGAACGAACUAGAAACUUUGCAUACAGAAGGAAACACUGUGACUCAUUCACAAUCUACACGCCCUGCUUGGGUAAGCACUGUGGACAAUCUUUAUCCACCCAGUGAAGAGGAUUCUGGAAAAAAUGAUGCAACGACUUUGAGAAUGGAUGAUAACAAAAAUGUAAACUGGACGUCUGCUUUUCCAACGUCAGAGUCAGGUGACAUGAACAUAACUGAAAGGAUACAAGAGGAUUGGAAUUCCGAUCUCUUCUCAGGAAACAAUGUACAGGAGAAGAUGAAAACGGAAAAUUCGCUUCACAUUGUACUUAUCGCAAUCAGUCUAUCUGUGAUUAUUGUAGCGGCUGUUAUUCUACUGUUACUGAAAUUAAAAGGGAAACAAAGAGGAAUGUAUCCUUUCCAAACAGAUCCCAGUUUAGAACUGGUUGCAAACGCAGAAGACCCAAUAACCGAGAAGGAGUUGACUGCAUGUCGAGCCAACAACACAGAUGCAAGCUAUCUAAUGGAUGAAGCUGAAACAGACAAGUUUUCCUCGAAAAAGCCUGAGACAGACAGAUUAGGUUCCAAGGAAUCAGUGACAGACAGAUUAGGCUCUGAGGAAUGAGAAAGAUAAACAAGAAUGUCUGUAAUUCAAAGUUGCAGAAAACUGUUAUUUCUACUGAUAUAAACAUAAAUAAAGACCACAAAUUGUGCCAAAA